AUGACAAGAAUAGCUACAGUAUUCGAGCCAGAGUAUCCCAAAGGCUCCCUAACCUGCGGGAUCGCCCUGUGCAUAGCGUCAUGCCUUCCGGAGAGUCGUCCAGAUACCUCAGAUCCAUCACCCUCCUCCCCACACCCAUCUCUAUCAUUCCUCGCCGCCCAGCUAUUCGCCCAUAUUGCGUUGGCGUUCGCGCUGGGUAUUCCGGUGCCGUAUAUGCUAGCUUUAAACAAGCCCUACUUCAUGAAUGAGAUCCUGUCAAAAGCGCCGGCCGUUCUCUACGUCACUGCCGCUGCUACAGCAGGCUGCAUCCAAUUCUGGAGCGGUUUGCAUCGGAAUCUGACUACCGUAUUCCCGGCCCAUUCAAUCUUCGUCUUUUCGAACGCGCUGAUCGGGGUGAUCAUCGCCUCGUCAUUUGUAUUUGCCGUUCUGGCAGCCAUUGAGAUCGAUCGUGAACACAACACGAUGGAGUUCAUGAUCAAUUAUGAGGUAGAGGCCGAGAUGCCCGAAGGCAGCCAUCAACAAACCGCCAAAGAUCGGUUGUACCGACUCCUGCUACACCUACUGACAGAUGCCGUAUACGUGACCAUCGUGUUGGUGCCGAGUUUCGGGGAAUCGACAUGGAACCGCAUCUCUUACGACCUGGUGCGCAUCUACGGGCUAGCCCUCUGGCCAAUGUUUGCCGCCGCCUGGCAUACUCCACUUUUGGCAAAGGCCCUCCGUACCCGAAUCGUGCUGGUGUUGACGGCGUGCAGUGGGCCGGAGAGGGAUCAGAAUACACCGGGCAGUAGAAGAACAUGGGGGUCGAAGACGGAGAAUCGAAUGCGGUUGACGGUG